AUGGGCACUUUAUUCGCAGGCGAACCAUCCACACUUUUACAAGACGAAAUGAAGUCGGGUGGCAGCCCAUGCUGGUUAUUUGCGUUACUCUUCACCACCAGCCUGGGUAUUCAAUCAACCUUCGAAGAAUCGCACUCGUUAUUCAUCCCAUCCGGCGCGGAUAUCCCGCGAGCGCUGGAGCAGGCUUCUUCCUUGCCGUCGGCGACCCGACCUAAUACAUGGCCCGACCGCCCAGGAUUACGCCCACAUCCCCAAACCCCCAUUUGGUCCGAAUCCAACCACUACGACUCAACCACAGUGGCGAAAAGCACCCCGGACGUCGAGAUCCGGGGUGCACCCACGGAUCAAGAUCGGUCGACAUCGGCAGGGAAGACUGAGGUUGAAGACCCAGGGCUACUCGCUGACCUCCUCCAAUGCCAGCUAUUCAGUCCGAGCUCCGCUCGCCCACUACGAACGAGUACGGACAACAAGCUACACAAACGAUCUAUCAACUCCAAACAGAAGUGUAACAAGAUCUUCUGGAAAAGAAUACGCAAAUCGAUCCGCCGAGCCUGCAAACAAGUCCGUCGGAAAUUGGUUAUUUGGUUUCUUAAAUUCUUGAUAUUCUUUGAAUCUAGACCAGCUAAGCGGGCCAUGCUCAAGGUCAAACUCGCGGAAUUCUUACACGUAAACUGUAAGCAACCCGCCUCAAAGUCCAAGUGA